CGCUGCGCGAGCUCGUCAGUUGGAAUUGAGCCUCCGAGCGGCACGAGAGGAUACGCAGUGUCUCUUCCGCACUGGCGGCGUGACUUCCACCACUUGUCCACCCAAUCCCUUCGGACAUGUCAACCGAGUAGUCACCAUAGUGCGUUCGCCGGACCGAAUUGGUGCUUGUGACCUUUCUGGAUAUUAGUGUUGAGUUUUCCAAUGUGGCACGGCGUGCAGUGCCGAGCGCGCCGAGUCUUUUCUCGCUCCCUGUGAGCGACGUCUGUCCGCAGUUUCUCGCUGGGAGCACAAGUGACUCGUCAAAAUGCUGAUGGAACUGAACCAGCCGCACACCCUGCUGUUCGGCGCCCUCUUCCUGCUGGUCGUUACUUCAGGAUGCUCGGCCAGAUCACGACACCUAGCCGAACGGGCGAAGUACGACGUGGCCUACGAGUGCGAGGGCUCCAUACUGACCAUCAACUGUCCCGAGGGCCAGCACAUCAACCUGAUCCGAGCCAAUUACGGCCGAUUUUCAAUAACACUCUGCAACGACAAUGGAAACACCGACUGGAGCGUCAACUGCAUGUCGUCGCGCUCCUUGCGCGUGCUCUACACCAAAUGCAACCUUCAGUCAAAUUGCAGCGUAGCAGUGAACGACGAGGUGUUCGGCGGAGACCCCUGCCCCGGCACUUUUAAAUAUGUAGAGGUGCAAUAUUCGUGUGCAGUAGCAGAGAGCACGUCGACGACUCUUCGGCCGAGUCCACCGUGGUUAAUCACCUCGCAGCCGAGCGUGUGGAGCACGGCUAAGCUCCCAUCGCUGCGACCUCUGCCCAAGGCAGCGGCCGAUACGACGACAAGCACGGCGGUGGCCGCAGUAGUGACCACCCCGGUAGUGCCAUUCAUCGAAACAGGGGAAGAGUACGAGGAGCCGCCAGUGGACAGUGGGCCGCCUGUGGUCACGCAGCCACCUCAGCAGGUGCCAGUGGCUCCUGAGGUGGUGACUACGACUACCACCACCACCACUGCAGCACCCCCAAGCACUACGCAAUCUACGCGAAGAAAAACCCAUCCCAUUACAGUUGCACCAGAGAGGAAGCAGCCGCAAGCUCCAAUCUGGGAGACCGACCUUUUGCAGUACUGCGCACCGGCGACAGCCCGCAACAUCAACUGGAACUGGACGCAGGUGGGUGACACGGCUGUCCAGCCGUGUCCCGGAGGCACCACAGGCCAGGCGCGUUGGCGCUGCAUUUACAUCCAGGAGAUUAACCAAAUCGGCCGCGCAACCUGGGAGCCAGGUACACCUGACCUGAGCGAAUGCCGCUCCGUGUGGGUGUCCAACCUAGAGUCCAGCAUCAAGGAGGGUGACAACAUCAUCUCCAUUGCCGAUGACCUCUCUCAGGUGACAAUUAACAAGAUGCUAUACGGCGGCGAUUUGAUGACCACGUCCGAAAUUAUCAAGACGAUGGCGCAUAAGAUCAAUUUGGACGUCCAGUCAUUCCCGGACCAGCGCCAGAGGGAGGCGUUAGUGUCCGAGCUGUUGCACAAGGUGGUCCUCACGAGCAGCAAUUUGCUGGAUGACUCACAGCAGUCUUCGUGGAAGGACUUAAAUUACAACGAGCAGAUGCGUAUCGCCACCACCCUCAUGACCGGCCUUGAGGAGAACGCCUUCCUGCUGGCUAACACUAUGGUGGUUGAGAAGACCGUUGAAGAGAAAGUCAAGAAUGUUUUGGUUUCCGUGCGGGUUCUGGAGACGAGGAAUACCGGCGCUGAGCAGUUUCCCUCGCCGUACACGAGCAACGAGUGGCUGAACAACAUUGGCUGGCUCGAACUUCCACGCGGUGUUCUCCUCGAGAACAGUGAGUCCGGCCUGGUGCGUCUGGUCUUCAUGGCGUUUGACCGUCUUGAGGAGAUACUCCAGCCCAAGAGCAGCACACUAGCAGCAGCCCACGAGGAGUCCACAGCCGUUAGUAUAGGAGAGGAUACGUCAAACAACGGUGGGAUGCCUUCAUCGUCGCUAAUUAAUAGCAAAAUCAUCUCUGCCUCGCUCAGCAAGGGAAGGCACAUCCAGUUGUCUGAGCCCGUGAGGAUGUGCCUCAAGCACAUUAAGACUGAAAAUGUCAGCAAUCCAACUUGUGUCUUCUGGGACUACACAAUGAGUGCGUGGUCUUCAGAAGGCUGUGAAGUCGAGGCGACCAACAGAACUCACACGGAGUGCAAGUGUAACCACCUGACGAAUUUCGCUAUCCUAAUGGACGUGCACGAAACCCUGCUGGCACCUACGCACGAGGCCUACCUCCGGAUCUUGACUUAUAUCGGCUGCGCCAUCUCUAUCAUCUUUCUUCUCUUAACCAUCAUAACAUUUCAGUUUUUUCGUAACCUCAAAUCGGACCGAACAACAAUCCACAAGAACUUGUGCUUCUGCCUCUUGAUCGGAGAGAGUGUCUUCCUUGCUGGAAUUGGACAGACUGACAAGCACAUCCUUUGCGGAAUAGUGGCUGCUAUUCUACACUACUCUUUCCUCAGCGCAUUUGCUUGGAUGUUCCUUGAAGGAUACCAACUUUACGUGAUGCUGGUAGAGGUGUUUGAUGCUGAAAAGCCACGCAUCAAAUGGUACUAUAUCAUCGGCUACGGCGCUCCCCUGAUCAUCGUGCUUGUGUCUGGAAUUGUUGAUUUUGAUGGAUAUGGAACUGACCGAUACUGCUGGCUGACUACUGAGAACUACUUCAUCUGGAGUUUUGUUGGACCAGUCAUUGCCGUGAUUCUUGCCAAUCUAGUCUUUUUAAGCAUGGCCGUGUACAAAAUGUGCCGCCACAGCAGUACUUCAGUCCCUGUGAAGACCAAGGAACACGCCAGGCUUGCCAGCGUCAGUGGAAAGGAAGAGAAUGCUCAUUCCAACAAAAUCCAAACAAACUUGUCGUGGCUGCGAGGUGCAAUUGCCCUCGUCUUCUUGCUCGGCCUGACGUGGACGUUUGGCCUGCUGUUCCUCAACAAGGAGACCGCCAUCAUGGCUUACGUUUUCACAAUUUUGAAUAGCUUACAGGGACUGUUUAUAUUUGUUUUCCAUUGUGCUCAGAACGAGAAGGUUCAAAAGGAGAUAAAAAGGUUCAUAAAAAGAAACAGCUGGCUGCAGUGCUGCUGUUGCAGCGGCGGCUCGGGCAAGGAGCAGAGCUCGGGCUUUUUCGCCGGCUCCAACGGCACCCCUUCGGCUCCAAAUUCCCAUAGCACAGACAGCUCCGCAUUGUCACCUCACGGCAAUAGUAAGAUUUCUUUUAAGUCGUACCACGGUCGCGUGGACUCGGAGGCGGAAGAGUCGCCGCGCUCGCUCAACACGACCACGCUGACGAGCAUGAGCAAUCUUCGCGGCGGCGGGGGCAACAACAACAAGGAUGGUGGCGGCACGCUGAGACGCGGCAUCGAUUAUGGGGUUGGCAACGACUACUCUGGCCAGGAUCUGGUGGUGACGCCCGUGGCAAACAUCAUCGACCCGUCUAAGGUGAUCCUGGCAGCCGAGCUGGACUAUGGACGCGCCGAGCAGCUGGGCACCCUGACGCGCGCGCAACAGGCAGAAGUGCGCACGCCGACCCACCUAGUCCCGCAUCUGCUGCACCACCAGAUCGCCGCUCAGCACCACUACCUUACGCACGGCGGCCGCAAGAAGGGCUACCUACGCGCCGCCAGUCCCUGGAACCACACAUACACGGAAAUCAGGGACGGCCUGCACCUGCGAGGCGGCCGUCCGCCGUCCGAGGAUGACCCCGUCUACGAGGAGAUCGAGCGGGGCGGCGCCGCCACCGAAAUCCAGGUUUCGGACAUGUCUGACGAGGACGGCCGGCGGCAAAGCGACAUGAGCCGGCAGUCUUCGCGCAGCUACUCGGACCACCGGCCGCUGAUUGCCUCGUCGGCCGUCACGUUUGACGCCCUUUGGCGGCACAAUCUCAAAGAGCAGCAGCAGCUUGACGCCGAGCUGAUGCGCAGGGUGCAGCGGCAGAUGUCGCCCGGAUUUGUGUAUCCAGACGCGAGUGCGCGCACUGUUGCCUUCCUUGAGGGCGAGACUGUCGUGUGCCACCUGCAGCCCGACUCGGCCGCCGCCGUCGACCCCUACAACCCCUACUCGGCCAGGACGGUCGUCCUUUCCCCCUACAGCGAGUGCUGACCGCCAAUAACGCACUUUUCCACUAGCAGCUAGUGAAAUCCUACUCUAGCCUGUAAGAAAACACGUGAUUAGUGUGCAUGUGAUUCCGAUUGCGAUUUUUUUUUUAUCUCACUCCGCGCUUUUGUGUACAAAAUGCGAUACUCUCUGACUAUUUAUUGCCAUUCGACCGCUUUUGCAGAGUGGGACAAUUUAAAAACGAUCACGUGAUCGUUUCAUCUGACUGUUGAGUAGCAUCUCUUCUGGCAAAUGCAUUUGUUGUCACCUCGGAAGUGUCGGACGAAAGUGUACUGUGUGAACGUUGUGUAUAAAGUUCUAGUGUUAAGAACCUUUAUACGUGUUUAGAUGCCUGGCAGACACGCGAUGGUAUUAAAUAUAUUCAGUGUAUAGAUGGAAUUAAGUAUGAUGUAAAACUAAAUAUUAAAUUAAAACCCAACAAACAACAGAGACAAACCUGAUGGUUAAGUGUUGCUUCCAAUUCGUAAAGCCAGCAUGGAAUCCCCUAACGAAAACCACAGGUGUGUGUGUUAAUAAAAUACAAAUGUACCCCAAAUUUCUUAGAGGAAUGGCGAAUCAAUGUGAGGCAAAGUAAGAGGAAGUAAUGUUGUUUCGAUGUAAAAAAAAGAACUGUGAUGCAACCGUUUUUUGAAGACUGUUAGAUCUUGAUUUGCUGAGUAAAAUUUGAGAGAAAAGUGCACAAACGAGAAAAUAAAUUAUUUAUGAAAAGUAAUAAAAAA